AUUUGAAUGUUUGUGCAGCGGAACUGUGUGGUCAGUAAUAAAUAACUUCCGUGUGUGUGAGUGUGUGAGUGUGUGUGUGAGAAAGAGAGAGAGUGAGCCCACUGCUGCUUCCGUGUCAUGAGAAGUUUCCCCAGCCGGACGGUCCAUCGCUGUCACAAAACACAAGCGUACAAUGCGCGCCAUUCCUGAGGAGAUAACGACGCUCAUUUCAGAUCUAGAAACUUUCCUCAACGAUGGCUUGAAAGGGGAAAAUUUGAGCAAGAAGGCAAAAGAGAGGAGGGAAGCCUUCAUCAAACGGAUUAAAGAGGUCAAGUUGGGUUUCCCGCACGAUUUCAAGGACAAAAGUGGAGAUGACUCAGAUGAUGAGGAAGAGGUUGACAGCAACAAUGACAGUGGGUCGCUGCUUUCGGAGCGCACAGACAAGGAUGAAGAGGCUUUUGAAGGUGCCCAGCAGUCUCCACCUGUGGCAGCUCAGGACCUGACAUCCGUCUUUAAGGCAGGAUACUUGGAGAAACGCAGAAAGGAUCACAGCUUUUUUGGCACAGAGUGGCAGAAGAGAUGGUGCGCUCUGAGCCAUCAUAUCUUCUACUAUUACGGCAGUGAGAGAGACAAGCAGCAGAAGGGCGAGUUCAGUGUCGCUGGGUACAAUGUCAAAAUGAACAACACCUUACGGAAAGACUCGAAGAAGGACUGCUGCUUUGAAAUUUCGGCUCCAGACAAGCGAGUGUAUCAGUUUUGUGCGUCAUCAGUGAGAGAGGCGGAGGAAUGGGUGAAAGAGAUAGACUUUGUUUUGAGAGAUAUGACAGGCAACAUCCCAGAAGAAGAAGAGGAGGACCAGGAAAUGUAUGAUGAUGUUGGACCGAUGGCUGACACAGCUGAGCCUGAGGCGAUCGACGAAGACAUCUAUGAAGAGCUCCCAGAGGACGACAUGCCCACUCCAGUGAAGCCUCCUCCGAAGGUGGAGCCAAUGAGCAAACCUGCUCCUCCUGUUGCAGUUGACAAGAGCACAGACUACCAGAACUUCUACCAGGGCUUAUGGGACUGUUCAGGAGACCACCCGGACGAACUGUCUUUCAAACGUGGAGACGCCAUCUACAUCCUGAGCAAGGAGUACCAGAACUUUGGCUGGUGGAUCGGAGAGAGGGAUGGAAAUAUAGGAAUCGUCCCCAAAGACUACCUGAUGGAGCUGUAUGCUUUAUAAAUGCACCCACGAACAUUUCCUCCCAUAUCCACUGUCUGAGACUGAUGGAUACAAAUAUUUUCAUAUGACUAAAAACAUGUUUAAGAGGAUUUUUUUUAAUAUAUCCACACUUUGCACUGCUUCUUUGUAUUUAUUUUCUAUGCAAAUUACAUUUUUUUCCCACCAUUUCAUGUUCUGGUUUUGGGAAAUUUGGUAUUUGCAACUGGCGUUAUGAAUAAAAAUUCAAACAAA